AUGGGUUUCUUCAUUCAUGACCUUCACCAACAAAUUCAACAACUACACCAACAACAGGUUAAUAGUUAUCAUGGUAAACCAUUUUUAGUUUACCGAGGACAAGGUCUAUCCAAAACCAAUUUUGAAAAACUCCAAACAACAAAAGGUGGUUUGAUGUCUUUCAACAACUUUUUAUCUACUAGUACAGAACAAGACACACCCCUUGGAUUUGCUUUAAGUGCAUUGGAAAAUGCUGACAUGGUUGGCAUUCUAUUUAUAAUGUCUAUUGAUCCCGAUAUAAAAACAGCGUCAUUCGCUUCCAUCAAGGAGAUGAGCUAUUUUAGGUAUGAAGAUGAAAUUCUCUUCUCAAUGCACACCGUCUUUCGAGUCGGUGCAAUUAAACAAAUGGAUACUGAGCAUCAACUUUAUCAAGUUGAAUUACAAUUAACGUCGGAUGAUGAUCAACAACUACGAUUACUUACUGAUUGGAUCCGAGAAGAAGCUAGUGAUAAUACUGGAUGGCAAAGAUUGGGUAAACUAUUGCUUAAACUUAGUCAAUUUAAUAAAGCUGAGGAGCUUUUUAACGUAUUACUCGAGCAGGCAUCUGACGAGGGUGAAAAAGCGUUUUAUUAUGUUUUUCUGGGAUAUAUCAAAGAUGGCCAAGGUGAUUAUGAAAAGGCUAUUUGGUAUUACGAACAAGAACUCGAAAUUGAUGAAAAAAUUCUUCCUUCAGAUCAUUUGUCAUUGGCUACUUCAUACAAUAACAUCGGUAAUGUGUAUUCCAAGAUGGCAGAAUACUCGAAAGCACUUUCAUUUUACGAGAAAGCACUUAAAAUUGAACAAAAAACUCUUCCUUUAAGCCAUCCUGAUUCGGCUACUUCAUACAACAACAUCGGUGUACUGUAUAACAACUUGGGGGAGUACUCGAAAGCACUUUCAUUUUUCGAAAAAGCACUUGAAAUUCAAGAAAAAGCUCUUCCUGCAAAUCAUCCUGAGUUGGCUGCUUCAUACAACAACAUCGCUAGUAUAUAUUGCAGCGUGGGAGAGUACUCGAAAGCACUUUUAUUUUACGAAAAAACACUUGAAAUAUGGCAAAAAACUCUUCCUGCCAAUCAUCCUGAUUUAGCUACUUUAUACAGCAACAUUGGUAAUGUGUACAAUAACAUGAAAGAGUAUUCGAAAGCACUUUCAUUUCAAGAGAAAGCACUUGAAAUUCGACAACAAACUCUUCCUUCAAAUCAUCCUUUAUUGGCUACUUCAUAUAACAACAUCGGUACUGUGUUUAAUAAGAUGGGAGAGUACUCGAAAGCACUUUCAUUUCACGAAAAAACACUUGAAAUCUUCGAAAAAACUCUUCUUUCAAAUCAUCAUUUACUGGCUACUUCAUACAACAACAUCGCUAGUAUAUAUCGCAACAUGGGAGAGCACUCAACAGCAAUUUCAUAUCUCGAAAAAGCACUUGAAAUUCGACAAAAAACUCUUCCUUCGAAUCAUCUUGAUUUUGCACAGUCAUACAACAACAUCGGCAGUGUGCAUGAAAAUAUGGAAGAGUACUCGAAAGCACUUUCAUUUUACAAAAAAGCACUUGAAAUAUGGCAAAAAAAUCUUCUUUCAAAUCAUCCUUUAUUGGCUAUUUCAUACAACAACCUCGGUGAGAAAGCACUUGAAAUUCGACAACAAACUCUUCCUUCAAAUGAUCCCUUAUUGGCUACUUCAUAUAACAACAUCGGUAGUGUGUAUAACAAUAUGGGAGAACACUCGAAAGCCCUUUCAUUUUACAAAAAAGCACUUGAAAUAUGGCAAAAAACUCUUCCUUCAAAUGAUCCUUUAUUGGCUACUUCAUACAGCAACAUCGGUUUGGUGUAUAAUAAAAUGGGAGAGUACUCGAAAGCACUUUCAUCUCACGAAAAAGCACUUGAAAUUCGACAAAAAACUUUUCCUUCAAAUCAUCCUGAUUUGGCUAUUUCAUACAACAACAGCGGUUUGGUGUAUAAUAACAUGGGAGAGUACUCGAAAGCACUUUCAUUUCACGAAAAAGCACUUGAAAUUCGACAAAAAACUUUUCCUUCAAAUCAUCCUUUAUUGGCUACUUCAUAUAACAACAUCGCUAGUAUAUAUUACAACAUGGGCGAGUACUCGAGAGCGCUUUCAUUUUUCGAAAAAGCACUUGAAAUUAAACAAAAAACUCUUCCUUCAAAUCAUCCUGAUUUGGCUACUUCAUACAACAACAUCGGUAGUGUGUAUCGAAAGAUGGAAGAGUACUCGAAAGCACUUUCAUUUCACGAAAAAGCACUUGAAAUUCGGCAAAAAACUCUUCCUUCAGAUCAUCCUGAUUUGGCUACUUCGUACAAUAACAUUGGUAAUGUAUACAACAGCAUGGGAGAGUACUCGAAAGCACUUUCGUUUUAUGAAAAAGACCUUGAAAUUAAACAAAAAACUCUUCCUUCGAAUCAUCCUGAUUUGGCUACUUCAUACAGCGAUAUCGCUAACUUGUAUUAUAAUACGAAAGACUAUUCAAAAGCACUGUCAUAUUUAGAACAUGCUCUGGGCAUCAGCCAACGCGCAUUACCUCCAACUCAUCCUGAUAUUAAAAAUGUGAAAAAGGGUAUUGAAAUUGUAAAAGAAGCAAUGAAAAAGAAUAGUUCAUAA